AUGCUGGCCACCUUGUACAAGUCAUUUUGGAAGACUGAAUACUGGCUCCCUCCCGGGUACACUUGGGCUGAUUUGGAAGAUUCAGAUGGCAUCACAUACCCUCAUCCCAAAGACCUGCUGGCAGCCAUUCCCCUGACAUUUGUCUUACUAGUCGUUAGAUAUGGCACUGAGAGGAUCAUAGGGCUGCCCUUAAGUAGAGCGCUGGGUGUACGUGAUCCCGUCAGGAUCAAGGCUACUCCCAACCGCAUCCUGGAGUCAUUUUUCUGGACCCAGAGUAAGAAUCCCAAAAAGGAUGAGCUGAGUCACCUGGCCAGCCAGUGCAGCCUCUCUGUGAGGCAAGCCGAGCGCUGGUUUCGACACCGGAGAAACCAAGAGCGACCAUUACUGAGCAAGAAAUUCUCUGAAUCCUGUUCAAGAUUUUUAUUUUACUCCUGUUCUUCUUUUGGAGGCUUGCUCAUCUUCUACAAUGCAUCUUGGUUUGGCCAACCAGAGACAUUGUGGAAGGGAUACCCUAAGCAGCCUCUGCAGCCUGCCAUAUACUGGUGGUAUAUCUUGGAGCUCAGCUUCUACCUCUCUUUGCUGCUCACUCUGAACCACGAUGUGAAGAGGAAGGACUUCUAUGGGUAUAUCAUCCACCAUUUUAUGGCUGUCAGUUUGAUCUCCUACUCUUAUUCUGCGAACUUCAUAUACAUUGGUGUUCUGGUGAUGCUGUUACAUGAUAUGUCAGAUGUCCUUCUGGAGGCUGCUAAGAUGAUAGCUUACGCAAAGUGGAAGCAAGCUCAGAACGUCACGUUCAUCCUCUUUGGCCUGGUGUUCUUUGUUACCAGACUCAUUUUCUUCCCAACCAAAGUCAUCUACAAUUCCUACUGUAUUUUCCAGAACAACAACCAAUUCUUCUUUGGAUAUUAUUUUUGCAAUGCCCUCCUGAUGAUUGCACAGAGUCUUAAUCUCUUCUGGUUUUUCCUCAUCCUCAAAAUGUUCUAUAAGCUUUUAUCACAGGGCCAGGUAAAGGGUGAUGUAAGGAGUGACCUAGAGGAGCCAGACCUGAGUGAUGAGCAGUUGACAGUGAGACAACAAAGCAAUGGAAGACUCCAGUUCAAUGAUGCCACAGAUAUUCGGGCCCGGGGGGUUCGAGGGACUGGCCAGCUCACAGAGGCUGUCCCUGUAGCAUAACCUAGACGAGCUUAGUGAAGAUCCCUGGAUAAAUGGUCUCCUGAGAAGCAGUUUGAAUUCAGGUCCAGGCCACACCCAACACUGCUGCCUUGGUAUGGUACAUUAAACUCCUUUUGUCUUA